CCGGCGGACGCGUCGCAUUGUUCUCGUUCGGAUCGACGACGGUAUCUCGCGUGUUCGGGAAGCGAAGACGGAAAUCGCGACCGAUCCGAAGGAUCGUUUUCGCGCCGCGUACUGACCCCGCGCACGUGACCGAGAGUGCGUCGUGUGUAUCAUCAGGAAAUAGUUUGAUUUUGUUUCGUCGUCGUGAAAUCAGUCGCGCGCUCGUGUGUUUUGCUUGCGCGAGAACGAACCGAAGUUGGCCGGGGAAGCGCGCGUUUCGUGUGUUCGCCGCGUCGCGUGUUUUUCACAGACACAAAGUUGUUGCGAACGCGAGUUGUUGAGUGACGGAAGAAGAAAAAAAAACGACAAUCGGUAGAGCGCAUUGUGAGAUCGUUCCGUACUGACUGGCAAGAAUGGAAUUUUCAACGUGUUUUUUUUUCAUGUGAGGACGGAUGAGAGAGGAAGCAGCGCGUAAACGCCAGCGGAUGUAGCAACGAACGACGGAUCACAUCAUCCGAAUGUGUGCAUGAGUGUUUCGCAUAAAUUCGUCCUCUAAUCGUUUGCCGACGUUUCAACAACGUUGCACACAUUCUCUGAAAACUGGCGCGUGCGCGACCAACGUCAAAAACGUCGGAACGUUCCCGUGAAGAGCCGUGAGAGUGAGAGAUAGUGAGACAGGCGGUGGAUCAUCGUCAACAUGGCGGACGGCGACUUGCUCGUCACAAUUUCAGGUGCUGCGCUUUCGCUGCUAUUUUUCGAAAAUGUGCGCAGCGUCGGCGACCAGGUCGGUUUUCUGCUUGGAGAAGUUGUCGAGUUCUUCGUCAAGACCUACACCGAUUCCGACAAUCAAGUGGAAACUGUCAAAAUUCACAUAAAUGUGGAGACUAUAAUGACGUGUCCUCUGUUCGAUCUUGUGCACGAUUCAACCAGUUGUCGGAUCAACAAGGAGAAGGUCAAAAAUUUUGUGCGCGACAAGAGCAAGCAGAUUAUCGGUUGGUUUCAUUUCCGCAGAAACUCAAGCAGUCUAAUUCCUACAUUGAAGGACAGAUUAUUCCACAAGCAGCUCGCGUCCCAUUUUUCUAGCGAGAAUGACUGCAAUGAGGAUUUCUUUCUCACUUGUCUUCUUAACGCCUCCAUAUCCGAAACGGGUGGUACUCACAAGUUCCGGCAUGUGUUUCUCAGGCGCAAACAAAAAGCGUUUGAACCGGUGCCUUUGCGGAUAAACAAUUUGGGUGACGACGCUUCCAGACACGAUGGUUCAGAUUAUAAACCAACGCCUUACAGAAAGUCCGCUCAUGUGAGAGACAGUUUCACCGAACUGAUAAAAUCACUGAGUUUAGAUGUGACAAGAACAGGUGGAGUGGAUUCUGCUAUGGCUAUUCAAAGAGCCGCUCAGGAGCACUUGACGUCGUUAAUUCCGAAAGUGUGUGAAUCUGAUAUGCAGGUGGCCGAGCUAGAACGACAAGUUCGCGAGUUAAAAGCCAAGGUUCAAGAACAACAAUUAACAAAGAGGCCGAGAAUCAAUGGCGAAACAUGCGAAAGAAUCGCGAAGGUGCAGCCGAGCAAUCAAAACCCGUGCCGCAAUACCGCCGCCUGCAUCGCUAAGAGCGUCAAGGAGAAGUCGGGCCGAAUAGGCCGCGGCAGUCUACUGGAGAUUGCAAACCAGCAACAAGAUGCGCGCGACAAUUCACCUAAUAGCAGACGUACCGUUCCGGAAAUCACAACCGAGCCUAUCUGCUGCGAAGUGGGCGUAGGGAGAGGCAGGGGCAGCGGAAGGAGUAAUCGCGAAUUUAAUCCGGGAAUGAAGAAAGUUCGACAAAUUCCGAUCACAGUACAGACGCAUUCCUCUCGCGAAACUACCCCAGAACUUCAGGAUUUCUCCGACGCAGACUGCUCCGCUGUCUCAUCCCUCUCCCCUUCCGUUAUAAGGUCCCGUAGCCAGGUAACAAAGAAAACACAUACGGAGAAAUGCAACACAGUGACGUCGUUAGAUAUUUGAGCGGAGAAAUCAAACAGUGGAAAAAUUUGUGCUUUGUCCUAUAAAAUUUCAAAAACAAAAAUGGCAAAUGGAAAGAAGGGAGGAAGAAAAGAUAGAGGUAUUUGCCAGUAUUAUAUAAGAGUAAGAUGUUGUAAAGAGAGAAUUAAGAGGAGGAGGUAUCACCAGAAAGAAAACUUCGAAAAGAAAAUGUUGUUUUUAAAGAAAUUCAAAAAUAAUGCUAAUCUUCGACAAAUGCUUAUUUUAAUUUGGCAAUUAAAAGCAAGAAUUAGGAGAGAAGUGGCAGUUAGAAUGUUUUGUUGUAAUUAUUCUAUUGCAGGUGCCUUAAAUUCUGCAAAAAUACUGAUAAGACAUCUUUAAGGAUUCGAGAAAUUUAAGGUUUUGUAUCUUAUUCCAAGUUAUUUAUAGUGUUUAUUGUGUGCCAUUAAGUUACUCUGUAUAACAUGUUUUGCUAUAAAAUUAAAAUAACAUAGAAGCUCUUACAUUAGUUUAUAUGCAUUGAUGAAUAAGUGGAACUCUGUAAAUAAAGAAUACAAGAGAGAAAGAGAGAGAGAGAAAGAGAGAAAUGACGUUUUAUAUUCAAUAGAAAUAAAUAAUAUAUAUAUAAAUAAAACAAUAAUAACAAUCUAUGGAAUGACUUAACAAAACUAUAACAUAGACGAAAAG